CCUUAUCAAUCCAGAUCCACUACUAAUUUUACUGCUACUCUAACCCAUUUCUACUUUUCCUCAUCGAGCUCCAGUCUUCUUCGGCUAUUUCGCUCAACAUUCUAAGCUUCAUAUCGUCAGGAACACUCAACGCGUGCCUUUCCUUCACUCCCAAAUUAAAUAAAUUUUAAUAAGAACUCUAGGUUCACCGCCACCACCACUUUGUAAGAAAAAAAGGGAAAACAGGAUUCCCCUCCCCCCCUGCGUCCUCAAUCUGAAGGACAAAUUUUUCUGUUUCCACCGCUUGCCGAGCUGCGUGCAAUUCCGAGCACGAAAUGGCGAAAUCCAGUGCCGACGAUGCGGAGCUCCGGCGUGCCUGCGAGGCAGCCAUUGAAGGCACGAAACAGAAGGUCGUGAUGUCGAUCCGCGUCGCCAAGAGCCGAGGUGUCUGGGGCAAAUCCGGCAAAAUGGGCCGGCAGAUGGCCAAACCUAGGGUUCUUGCCGUCUCCACAAAACAAAAGACUACACGAACAAAAGCAUUUCUUAGAGUAAUGAAGUAUUCCAGCGGAGGAGUCCUUGAGCCAGCAAAGUUGUAUAAACUUAAGCAUCUUUCGAAGGUGGAGGUUAUAGCCAAUGAUCCUAGUGGCUGCACAUUUACCUUGGGAUUUGAUAACCUUAGAAGCCAGAGUGUCGCUCCACCUCAAUGGACUAUGCGCAAUGUUGAUGAUAGGAACCGUCUUUUGUUCUGCAUCUUAAAUAUCUCAAAGGAUGUUCUUGGACGACUUCCUAAAGUUGUUGGUAUAGAUGUCGUGGAAAUGGCUCUUUGGGCGAAGGAAAAUACAGGUACUGUCACAAAGCAAAGGGUUCAACACGAUGGUCUUGGUGGCCCUGUUUCUGCUCAGGUGGACGAGGGCGAAUUGAAAGUUACUGUUGAGAAAGAACUUGUUUCUCAAGCAGAGGAAGAAGACAUGGAGGCUCUUCUUGGCACUUAUGUCAUGGGUAUUGGGGAAGCUGAGGCAUUUUCGGAAAGGUUGAAGCGGGAGCUUCUCGCCUUGGAAGCUGCAAAUGUCCAUGCCAUAUUGGAAAGUGAACCUUUGAUAGACCAGGUGUUGCAAGGCCUUGAGGUGGCAACUAUUUGUGUUGAAGAUAUGGAUGAAUGGUUAUGCAUCUUCAAUGUAAAACUUAGGCACAUGCGAGAAGAUAUCGAAUCAAUAGAAAUCCGCAACAAUAAGUUGGAGAUGCAGUCUGUAAAUAAUAAAGCACUGAUUGAAGAACUUGAUAAACUCGUAGAGCAGCUGCGUGUCCCUUCUGACCAUGCAGCGUGUCUGACAGGAGGUACAUUUGAUGAAGCACACAUGACUCAAAAUAUUGAAGCAUGCGAAUGGUUGACUCGUGCUCUGCAAAGUAUGGAAGCACCUAAUAUUGAUUCCAGCUAUGCAAACAUGCGUUCUGUACGAGAGAAGCGAGGUGAGCUUUUAAUACUUAGAGCUACAUUUGUCAGAAGGGCAUCCGAGUUUCUGAGAAACUACUUUGCAAGUUUGGUUGAUUUCAUGAUAAGUGACAAGAAUUACUUCUCUCAGCGGGGACAACUGAAAAGGCCAGAUCAUGCUGAUUUACGGUACAAAUGCAGGACGUAUGCUCGUCUUCUUCAGCAUUUGAAGACUCUUGAUAAGAAUUCCUUGGGCCUGUUGAGGAAAGCAUAUUGUAGCUCCCUAAACUUGCUUCUUCGUCGGGAGGCACGUGAAUUUGCUAAUGAGCUACGUGCCAGUACCAAGGCAUCAAGAAAUCCCACCGUGUGGCUUGAAGCAACCACUGGCUCCAACCAAAAUACACAGACUGAUACGUCUGCAGUUUCUGAUGCAUAUGCUAAAAUGCUCACUAUUUUCAUCCCACUUCUUGUGGAUGAGAGUUCAUUUUUCGCUCACUUCAUGUGCUUUGAGGUCCCUAAACUCGUCCCCCCAGGAGGUUCUGUUAAUGGAAAUAAAGGUGGAAAUUAUGAUAAUGAUGCCGAUGAUGAUGAUGAUGAUUUGGGCAUUAUGGACAUUGAUGAUAAUAACAGCAGCGCAGGUAUGAGUCCUGCGGAUCUUGCAGCUCUGAAUGAAGCUCUUCAAGAUUUACUAGAUGGAAUCCAAGAGGAUUUUUAUGCUGUUGUUGAUUGGGCGUACAAGAUCGAUCCAUUGCGUUGCAUAUCAAUGCAUGGGGUUACAGAACGAUAUCUCUCUGGUCAGAAAGCUGAUGCAGCAGGUUUCGUGCGCCUGUUGCUUGGUGAUCUAGAAUCCAGAAUUUCCAUGCAGUUCAGUCGUUUUGUCGAUGAAGCUUGCCACCUGAUUGAAAGAAAUGAUCGUAACAUGCGGCAGAAUGGAAUCCUAUCAUACAUUCAGAGAUUUGCUACUCUAGCUACCCGAAUGGAGCAAUACAUUCAGGGCCAAUCUAGAGAUUUAGUUGAUCAGGCAUACACAAAAUUUGUGAGCAUAAUGUUUGUGCAAUUGGAGAAGAUUGCUCAAACAGAUCCGAAAUACGCCGAUAUAUUCCUUUUGGAGAACUAUGCAGCAUUUCAAAACAGCUUAUAUGACCUAGCCAAUGUAGUCCCAACGUUGGCCAAAUUUUAUCACCAGGCAAGCGAAGCUUAUGAACAAGCAUGUACUCGCCAUAUCAACAUGAUUAUCUACUAUCAAUUUGAAAGGCUUUUCCAGUAUGCUCGAAGGAUUGAGGAUCUUAUGUACACCAUAACAUCGGAGGAGAUUCCUUUUCAGGCGGGACUGUCGAAAAUGGAUCUGCGGAAGACGAUAAAAUAUAGUUUAUCAGGAGUCGACAAGUCUAUCAGUGCAAUGUACAAAAAGUUGCAGAAGAACUUGACCUCGGAAGAGCUAUUGCCUUCUUUGUGGGACAAAUUAAAGAAAGAGUUCCUAGACAAGUACGAGAGCUUUGUACAACUGGUUGCCAAGAUCUACCCUAACGAGACCAUCCCGGCGGUAGCUGAAAUGAGAGAACUCCUGGCUUCCAUGUAAAGAAUCGUCCCAACUCCAUUUUUUGUAAAAGAUUAAGAAAGAAAAACAUCAUUUUUUUUUUGUUUUGUUGUACACUCGAUCAUGCUCAUUCCAAAAAGGGUAAGUGCUUCAUUUUUGCUGUAAUUAUUAUUCGAUUCUAAUAUUUCAUUCAUUGUAGACGUUUGGCUUGGCUCCAUUUCAUGAUUAUGAGUCUCAAUUUGUAUCGAAAGUGGGAGUAGCGCAGCAUUAGCCACCUGGGUGUAUUAACUUGGAGGUCCUUCGCCUCUCCUUGAGAUGUUUACUCUGUUUUGUGCUUUUUCUUUGUUUCUUUAUUUAUUUAUGAAUUAUUUUUGUGCUUGCCCAUUGUGUCUAGGC